AUGAUGGAGCCCGUCCCUGAGACCGAGCGCAUGGAGGAGUUUCGCGCCGUGCCGCCCAAGGCCCGCGUCAACAGCCCGCACACGCUCUCCACCUUCGACCUGGACAUCGCCAGGAAACCGCCGAACCUGCGACGCAGCACCGACCCAAGUCCGACGUCCAACCACGCCUUUUCCUGGACGCCCAUGGUCGCUCUGCCCUACCGCCCCCGAACGACGUCUCCCCUCUCCGGCAUCUCGCACAUGCGCUCGCGGUCCGCUGCUAGCAUUGGCGCCGCUCCUAUGGGCCGCACGCAGUCCAUGCCUGGCGUCUCUGGCUCCGGCCACCUGCUCUUCUCUCCCCAGCUUCGUCCAGCCAGCCCAGCGCAGUCUCCCAGCCGAGUUCGCACGCCGCGAAAGCCAGUGGAUGAGGCGUUUCCCAUGAUAUCUCCCGUGCGCACCUCGGUUCUCGACCACGAUCGGCUGCCUGCUGACCGGAGCGGCUCUCCCGUCCUGGGUGUCUCAACUAAUGGAACCCUGACUCGGGUACGUCGAACGUCGUCGCCAAUUCGAAACUACUCUCAAUCGAGCACCGGCUCUCUGCCAGCUCUGCCCAGCACGCCAACCUCCAGCUCCUCAUCUCUGUACAAGGCGUAUGAUCCCUUUUCUAGUAGCUACGGCACACUCUCCUCGGUCCCCUCCACGCCAACAUCGUUGAGGUCUCGCAGCCCCAGUAUUUCGAGUCUGGAAACCAUCCCUGACUCUCCCGACGCCGAGGAGGAGGCGCUUGAGGCAGAACGACAGGCCCAGCUGAAGGCUGCGGCUGAGGCAUCGGAUGCCGGAGACCCAUCGGAUGCAAAAGGACGGGGCCUGGAUCUCCCGGCUCGUGGUCGCACGAUGGCAUUUGGCUCCAAAGACAAGCGGAAGCGGUGGAGUGUGUGCGGUGCUGAACGGCGUGGCGACAUUGACUUGGAGACAAUUUGGGAGGAUUAA